AUGGACAUCGAUUAUGGAGACCGCUCUCUGCCUGAGAGCUUGUGUGACCAUGGCCAAGCCAAACCGCCGGAUAACGGGGAGGGGGUUCGCGGCCCAUCCUUCUGGGAUACGCUCAUGGGAGGGGCCCAGACGGCUGCUUCCAGGGAGGUUGAAGACUACAUGAAGACUGGCAAGAUGAAGGUGGAAUACGCCCAAGGGAACAAAAGGCUACCAAAGGUCUUCCUCGAUAAAUCGGUGACUGAUAAUAUGUAUUCUCCAUGGAAGGAGUCCUUGGUUGUGAGUUUGCUGGGGAAAACACUUGGCUUUCGCACCAUGAGGACCAAAUUAAGCAAUAUUUGGAGGCUGGCGGGGGAGUUUGAUCUUCUUGAUGUGGACAACGGGUUUUAUCUGGUUAAGUUUGAUCUUGAGGAAGAUAAGCAGAAGGUGAUGGAGGGUGGUCCGUGGAUGAUAUUUGACCACUACCUAGCCGUUUCGACAUGGAGUCGGGAUUUUGUUUCACCAGCAGCGAAGGUCACCAAGACCUUGGCUUGGGUUCGUAUACCAGGACUGAAUGUUGUCUACUAUGAUGAGAGUUUUCUGUUGUCCAUUGCCAACGUGAUAGGAACACCUGUCAAGGUUGAUACUAACACUCUGAAAGCGGAACGAGGACGAUUCGCACGAAUAUGUGUGGAGAUUGAUCUCACUGAACCAGUGGUUGGCAAACUCUAG